UUAUUAUCUUGGAUAUGUCAUAAUUUAUAUAAACUACUUAUAAGAAGGACUAGUUUUACAAUAAGUAAAUAUUACUGUGUUAAUUAGGACUUUGAAACUCACUAAAUUAUUUAAAACUACUUGGCUGCAUAUCUUCGGAUAAGAGUUGUCCCUAAAAGAUUGGCCCCAGUGUCCCACUAAAGUGGAACUCCUCCGUUUUUAAAACACGUUUUAAAUUACAAAAAUUAGCAUACGUAGAAAAUAGAACAAAAAUACAAAUUAACCUGAUUCUAUUCCUGAGACACCCAACAAGUUAUUUUUCUGUUUUUAACGUAAAACCUUUCAAGCAUUUAUAUACAUAAUGCUAGCCUUUGCUCUCUCCACCAGACAUCUGUGCUUUCAAACGAUGUUUUACAAAGCACAGGAGAAAAGCUUAAGAAAAUACCUACCCUCCCCCACCUCUAUUUUUAAAAGAUGAUCAGAAUGGACCCACGUUUAAAAUUUUAACUACUAUUUAUAACUAGUGCUUACUAAUUACAGUUUUAAAGGAAGGGUUAAGAGAAGAUAUCAGCCUGGGAUAAUUUUAAUUCAGGGGCCGCGGAAAGACGCGCCCUUAACGCCCCUCCCCGCGUCCACAUUGACAGGCUCCUGUUUCACGCAUGCGCGCGCCCUACUCCUUACGGGUGGGCUCACACUCCCCGGGAAUCAAGGAGAACCUGGAGAUGCUCACGUGGGAACCUGGAGGUGAUAGAACUCUUAGCGCCGGCCUCCAGACAGGAACCUCAUCCCUAGUGCUUGCCUUGCGAAGCGUAACUCGGGGAUCCGCUUCGAAACAGCUCCCACUCUUGUCCAAGAGUAGCAGUAGGAAGUUGAGCUCAGAGAGAAGCUGGCAGCCCAAAGAGGCAGAGAGACCUCCGUGGGCUGUUCCGAAGUUAGAAGGGGAAGAUAAAUGACUUUGAUUCAUGAAAAAUGUGCUCACUAAGAAGUGUAUGUCAAGCCACUGGUUGAAUUUCCAUCAAAAAAAGAUAAAGCAGAGAAUGGAGAGGAAGAUUGACUCCAGGUCUUUCAGGGAUGGUACAGGUAAGAAACUUUGUUCUCCAAAGAUACUGUCCAACAAGAAGUCUUCUGCCUUCUCUGGAAUCCGGAGUGAGAUACCUCAUGCCAGUCAGUAUCGUGCCUCAUGCGCUCGGACCCAAAGGGGUCGGUUAAGAGAAUUGCACACCAGAUGUGUGGCCAGAAAGUUCUUGUACUUGUGGAUUCGAAAGACUUUUGGAAGAGUAUUUCCCUCGAAAGCCAGGUUUUACUAUGAGCAGAGAUUACUACGGAACAUCUUUGAAGAAUGGAAAGAACAGUGGUGGGUUUCACAUCGAGAGUGGAAACUCUGUGUUCGAGCCGACUGUCACUACAGAUAUUACUUGUACAACCUGAUGUUCCAGACCUGGAAGACCUUUGAGAAUCAGCAACAGGAGGCAAGGAGCAAGUACUUGAAAGCCGAGAAUCAUGAUGCAAAGCAAAAGAUGCAGCAGGCCUGGAAGUCCUGGUUGAUCUAUGUAGUUUUUCGAAGGACCAAACUUCAGAUGCAGACCAGCGCCCUGGAGUUUAGGCAGCGGAGUAUUUUGUGGGUAUGGUGGAGUAAGUGGAGGCAGCGACUGGGACAGGCCUGUGUGGGCCGUGCUCUCCAUGCCUCAGCUGUCAGGCACAGGGCCCUGAGCCUCCAGCUGCAGGCUUGGUCACGGUGGUGGGAACAACUCCUGCAAGUGCAGAGGGAGAGAUGGAAGGUGGUCUCUGCAGUGAAACACCAUCAGCACUGGCAAAAGUGGAGAUCCCUGAAGGCUUGGAUUGAAUACCUGCAGGGCCGCAGAGUAAAGAGACAGCAGAACGAGAUGGCUAAGCGAUUCUACCGAGUCACUGUGCUCCAGACACACUUCCAUGAUUGGCAGUGGGCCUGGGAGCGGAGGGAGAGCUUGUAUGCCCACCACGCUCAGGUGGGGGCACUGGCCAGGAAGAUGGUGCUGCGCAGGGCCUUUAUUCACUGGAAACACUAUGUGCUGCCGUGUGCAGAGGAAGCUGCCCAGUGGAAGCUGGUGGAAGAGCACUGUAGGCGCAGUUUGCUGUACUUUUGCUUUAGAGCUCUAAAAGACAAUGUGACCCGUGCCCACCUGCAACGACUAAGGAGGAAUCUCGCUCACCAGCAGCAUGACAUCACGCUGCUGCUCAGGUUCUGGAACAUCUGGCAGUCUCGGGUUGAGCAGAGGGAGGAAGGAGAGCAGCUCCCCUUACUGUGUGCUGCCCGGGAGCAUCACAGAAUCUGUUUGCUACGUAAGUGUAUCAAAUUGUGGUUACAGCAUGCUCAGAAGAGGCAACGCAAGCAGCUGUUGCAGACCAGAGCAGACAGUCACUUCCAGCAGAGAGCCCUGCCUGCCGCCUUCUGGGCAUGGCGAAGACUCUGGCGGUGGCAGCAGCAAGAAAGCAUCCUUAAUGCAAGAGCAGCACAUUUUCACAGGGAGACAUUAGAGAAACAAGUAUUUGCUGUUUGGUGGCAGAAGAUGUUUCAGCAUCGAGAAAACCGCUUGGCAGAGAGAAUGGCCAUCCUUCAUGCAGAGCGGCAGCUUCUGCGAAGGUCCUGGUCCACAUGGCAGCGGCAGGCAGCUGCACAUUGGCAGGAGCAGCAGUGGCAAGCAGUGGCCUGUGCCCACCACUGCCACAGGUGGCUCAGGAGGGCUUUCUGCGUCUGGAGGGAGAGAGCCAGGGGGCUCAGAUCAGAGAAGAUGGGCAGAGUGCUGGCUGCAGAGUUCCACUCGGCUCGGCUCUUGCGUUGGGCCUGGAACAGGUGGAGGGAGAGCCUGGCCCUGCAGGGAGCCAAGCAGCAGAAGCUGAUGUGCGCAGACCUGCACAGCCAGCACACCAUGCUGCACAGGGCACUGCAGACCUGGCGGGUAGGAGCUGCUGCUACCCUCCAAUCACCUUGUCUUGGGGGGAUGGGACAGACUUACCACAGCCAGGUGCAGAGCAUCCUACAAGAGGUGGCAGCCAGGGAGAGCCAGCACAAGAGGCAGCUACUGCGGGAUGUAUUACAUCGCUGGAGAGAGAACACCAUGGCCUCUGUGGAUGAAGCAAAGAAAACCUCUCAAGCCCGUGCUCACUACAGAAGGACUGUGUGUUUCAAGGUCCUGGUCCAGUGGCAAGAGGCUGCAUCCAUGCAGAUACACUACCGACAGCAGGAGGCCUGUGCCAUCAGGGAGGCCCAGAAGGCGCUGGAUUGGGGCCGUCUCAGGACCUGGUUUCGGCACUGGCGGGACCUUGGCCAGAAGGCAGCCCAGCAGAGAGCCCAGCUGGAGAGGGCAGCACAGCAUUACCCGCAGCAGCUGCUGCUGCAGGGCCUGGCCCGGUGGAAGGUGCACCAUCUGGGCUGCGUCAGGAAGAGGGUCCUACGCAGGCAGGGCGCCCAGUUCCUGGCCCAGACACUCAGCCAGUCCUACUUCCGCCAGUGGAGACAACAGCUGGUGAACAGGAGGCAGGAGCAGCGGGGCACAGCCCAGGCCCUGUGGUUCUGGGCCUUCUCGCUGCAGGCGAAGGCCUGGGCCGCGUGGCUCAGCUUCGUGCUGGAAAGGAGGAGAAAGAAGGCGCGGCUGGAGCAGGCGGUGCAGACCUACCACGAGCAGCUCCUCCGGGAGGGAGUCAUGCGCCUCCUGCGGUUCGCAACUGGCAUGAAGGCCUUCCGGCAGCAGCUGCGCACCCAGCAGCAGAUGCAGGAGGCCCACAGUCUCCACCGUGCAGUCUGUCGCUGUGCCAUGCUCUGGAAACAGAAGGUGCUGGGCCCAGGCAGGGAGCAUCAGCCUCCCACGUCCACCGUGCCCAGCAGGAGAGUGACAUUCGAGGGUCCACUUCCCAACCACAUCACUGCUGGGGCUGGGGAUGCCACCCUGGAGAUCAAGAGGUCACGAGCUCCUCGUGGGCCUCAGGGAGCUCUGGGCAGCCUGGCCCUGGAUGCCGGGGACCCCAAUCUCCUGGAGCUCAAUGCUGUCCGCUUGGCAAGGAAGCAGCCGCGACGCCCAGACUUCCUGCUAGAGCCCUUGCAGAGCCAGAGGCCCCUGGGGUGUGGCACCCUUGGGAAGCAGGGGCCUGAGGCGCUGAGGGAGCACUGCCUUGGCAUGGCCCAGCCAGCAGGCCCUUCCCUGACGAGGCCCUUCAUGGCAAAGGCCCUGACAGCACUGAUCCCAAGCAGCACCCUGCCCCAGCCUGGGGCCCUGCUGAGGCCCCCUGGCCUGAAGCUGCCCCCCACCGCGAGCACAGGCCCAGAGCUGCUGCCGCCUUCCUCCUUCACACUGCGAGGGGUGGACACACUGGCCGGGGCUUCAGCACGGCAGACCUCCCUUGGGAUUACACCCCAGGCCCCUCCAUCCCUAGCCAGUGUCCCUGACUCCCGUCUGCUCCUUCCUGGGGACUUCACAGGCACCAGGCCUGGGCUUGGCUCUGAAACUACAGGCGUGUACCUAAAGCCCCUCAGCGCGGUGGGCACUCGGGCCACUCCCAGCACCCAGGCUCCCUCCAUUCAGCCUGGGCCCAACCUGGAGGGUGGUCAAGCUUAUUCUCCUGUUGCCCUGGGCCACGCCGACCUGGAAGCUGAGCUUGAGGGCAUCCAGCAGCAACUGCAGGACUACCAGACCACAAAGCAGAACCUCCGGUCCUACCAGCGGCAAGCAGGCAGCCUGCACCGGUGGCUGGAGCUGAGCCAGGAGGAGCCCAGGUCUGAGGACCAGGAAGCGGAGCAGCAGGUGCAGAAAGAAUUGCAGGAGGUGGAACUGCACAUCCAGCAGCUGGCAGCAGAGCUCCAGGCCCGGCGCCAGCCCAUCAACGCCUGCCUUGCCCGUGUCCAGGCCCUGCGGCGAGCUCUGUGCUAGAGGCCUCCGUCCACCUCCAGGAACAGAAUGCAGAGAUAAAGUUUUAUGUUAUUUUUUUAUUUCAAAAUGUUGCAAUUAAAUGAAUUACUGUUCAGAAGUC